AUGAAAAUUAGGAAUAUUUAUAUUUCUUCAGCUUAUGUACUAUACUUACUUUAUAAAUUUCCAAACUAUGAGAUAAGGCAAAACAAUAUUCUAGUACCUCAAAAAAUAUCAAAUAAUAUAGAUUAUAAUACUUUAACUCCUAAUCAGUAUAUUUUUAAUUUAUUGGAAAUAUCAACUUUCAAAUACUCAUUUGUUGAAUUAAAAAGACGAUAUAGGGAUUAUAGGGAUAGAAAAAAGAAGAAACAUAGAAGAAUAAAAAAAGGGAGAGAAGAAGAAGAAAAGGAAAGAAAGAAAGAAGAAAAGAAAGAAGAAAAGAAAGAAGAAAAGAAAGAAGAAAAGAAAGAAGAAAAGAAAGAAGAAAAGAAAGAAGAAAAGAAAGAAGAAAAGAAAGAAGAAAAGAAAGAAGAAAAGGAAAGAAGAAAAGAUAGAAGGGGGAAAAAAGUGAAAAGGUGGAAAAGUGUUAGAAGGGGGAAAAAAAUGAAAAGGGGAAAAAAAGAGAAAAAAGGGAAAAGAACAAGAAUGGAACAAGAAGAUAAAAAGAAAAAAGAAAGAAUGAUAAAAAGGUUGGGAUUAUUCCAAAAGCACAAUACAGAUACAGGUAGUAGUCCAAAUAUAUCUGAUAUACAUAAUCAAGUACUGUUUCUUUCACAUAAUAAUGACGAAUUACAGAGUCAAGUUGAAGAAUUACAAAAAGAGGUGGAAAUUUUAAGAUCUUCAUCAGUGGCAUCAACACAAGGAAUAGAAGGAGAGGGAGGAGAAAGAGAAGGAGGAGGAGGAGGAGGAGGAGGAGGAGGAGAAGGAGGAGGAGGAGGAGGAGGAGGAGGANNNNAAAGAGAAAUAGUAGAAGGAACAGAAGGAGGAACAGAAAAUGAAAUAGGAAUUAGAAAAAGAAGAAGAAGAAGAAGGAGAAGAAGAAGAUAUGGUAACAAAUCUAUCAAAGAGACAAGUCCUGAAGAAAAUAUAGAGGGGUUAAUUGGAAAUCAAUAA